AAACCAUCAUCAUCAAAUUCCUUAACCAACACUUAACAAAAACCUUAUAAAAACCUCAAAAACCAAACCACCAUCUACAUCUCACCUGAACCACCAGCCCACCACCAUGAACCGCCACACAUUCCGCCCUUUCACCUUCCCGGAGACUCACUCCACCGUCCUACCCGACCCAUCAUCUUUCUUCUCACCCAAUCUUCUUUCAUCUCCUCUCCCCACCAACUCUUUUUUCCAAAACUUUGUCCUCAAAAAUGGCGAUCAACCAGAAUACAUACACCCAUAUCUCAUCAAAUCAUCUCUUUCAUCACUUUCUGUUUCUUACCCAUCUCUCUUUUCCAACCCAUCUUUCACAUACCAAAUCUUUAGCUCGGAUAUCACCAUAUCCGGGUCAAAUAACCCGAAUCCGAACCAAACCCAUGUCAUAUCUUCUUUUAAUGAUCUUAGUGUCACUUUAGACCUUAAACCCAGCUUAAGAUUCUUUCUUGUUAGAGGCAGCCCUUAUAUAACAUGUCAGGUAUUACAAAAUUUGAAACUUUCUAUUUCUACUAUUCACGCAAUUCUUAAUUUUGUUCCUAAUUUAGCUAAAACUAAGUUUAAGAUUAGUCUUAAUAAUGGUCAAACUUGGAUUUUGUAUUCAUCUUCACCUAUCAAUUUGACCCGUGAUGUUUCCAAGAUUUUAUCUGAUGAGUUUUGUGGGAUUAUUAGGAUUGCUAUAUUACCGAAUUCGGAUUCUAGAUUCGAAUCGGUUCUAGAUAGGUUUAGUACUUGUUAUCCGGUUUCGGGUCAUGCUGUGUUUACUGAACCAUUUUGUGUUGAAUAUAAAUGGGAGAAGAAAGGUUGGGGGGACUUGUUAAUGUUAGCAAACCCUCUACAUAUUCGUCUUCUUGACGAUGAUUGUGAUGUUAAAGUUCUUGAUGAUUUUAAGUACAAUAGUAUAGAUGGUGAGCUUGUGGGUGUUGUUGGUGAUUCAUGGGUCCUGGAAACCGACCCAGUUUCUAUAACGUGGCAUUCGAUUAAAGGAGUCAGACUAGAGGCAUACCCUCAAAUCAUUGAUGCACUUGUGCAAGAUGUCAAUGAUUUGGAUUCAAAUGCUAUAGAAACCACGUCAUCGUACUUUUUUGGGAAAUUGGUAGCAAGGGCAGCUCGGUUAGCAUUGAUAGCCGAAGAAAUUGGAUAUCUUGAUGUGAUCCCGAAAAUUAAAAGGUAUUUGAAGGAUACUAUUGAACCAUGGUUAGAUGGAACUUUUGGUAGUAACGGCUUUUUAUAUGAUAAAUCAUGGGGUGGGAUUAUAACCAAACAGGGGUCGAAUGAUUCUGGUGGAGAUUUUGGUUUUGGUGUGUAUAAUGAUCAUCAUUUUCAUAUCGGUUACUUUCUAUAUGGAAUUGCUGUUCUUGCCAAGAUUGAUUCUUUUUGGGGAAGAAAGUAUAGACCGCAAGCAUACUCUUUAAUGGCGGAUUUUAUGACAUUGAGUAGAGGUGGACAUUCAAACUCAAAGUAUCCUCGUUUGAGAUGCUUUGAUUUAUGGAAGUUACACUCAUGGGCAUCAGGAUUGACUGAAUUCGCAGAUGGAAGAAAUCAAGAAAGUACAAGUGAAGCUGUGAAUGCGUAUUACUCUGCUGCUUUAAUGGGAUUGGUGUAUGGAGAUACACAUUUAGUUGCAGUCGCGUCUUUGCUCACUUCUAUGGAGAUCCAUGCUUCUCAAACAUGGUGGCAUGUUAAAGAAGAUGACACACUUUAUGCAGCAGAUUUCACACGUGAGAAUAGAGUGAUGGGUGUUCUUUGGGCUAAUAAAAGAGACAGUGGGUUAUGGUUUGCUCCAGCGGAAUGGAAAGAAUGUAGGUUAGGGAUAAAUGUGCUACCAUUGUUGCCGAUUACAGAGGUGUUGUUUUCUGAUGUGGAGUAUGUGAGGCAACUUGUAAAUUGGACUUUGCCUGCUUUGGGAAGGGAGGGUGUUGGUGAAGGCUGGAAAGGGUUUGUGUAUGCGUUGGAAGGUAUUUAUGAGAAUGAGAUUGCUCUUGAGAAGAUUAGGACUUUGACUGCAUACGAUGAUGGGAAUACACUUACUAAUUUGUUAUGGUGGAUCUUUAGUAGGGAUGAUUGUGAAGAUGGAAAUGGUAAACAUUGUUGGUUUGGUCAUUAUUGUCACUGAUGCUUUGAUACUAUUGCUAGAUGUUUCUGUAUCAUUUGUAUGAAAUAUUUUGCUGUUGUUUGCAAAGGGAGGUUUUUUUGGUUA